AUAUUCCCCUUCCCUUCUAUUCUAUCUAAUUCUACAUUUUCAUUCUUCUAUAUUUUUCUCCCUCUUCAUUCCCCCAAAUCAUCACAUCACACCUUCUCUUCUCUCCCUCCAACCCUAUCACCACCCUUUCUCCGCCGCACACGCCACCAGUAACUGCAAUCCCUCCCUUCCUUCCCAAUACAGAUUCGUGCUUUCCUGAUCCCAUCUUUCUAUACCCUAAUCAUCCACCACCCCUACCCCUAACCACCACAUCUAUUUUUUUCUUUUUUUUUUUUUUCUUUUUUAAUUUUUUAUAUUUAUAAUUUCUUUUAUUAAUUUUUUUUGUUGCCGUUGUCGCUUUCAUUAUCUACACUUCUACAGUUGUUUUUCAUUUUUAUUUAUUUAUUUAAAUGUCCGAACCCAUUUGUUGUGGACCCGGGUUUUGAGUUUUAAAUUUAAUACCUAGGAUUUCAUUAUUUUACACUUUUACCCCUCAUAACCAAAAAACAACAACUUCAACCCAUGAUGAUGAGUCAGAGUCAUAACUCUCGUAGGAUGUUGCCACCUGGCAAUACGAGAAAGCGCAAACAAACUGAAGCUGAUAAGCCGGAUAAACCUUCUAACAAGCUUCUAGCCGGCUAUUUAGCUCACGAAUUCUUAACUAAAGGGACUCUCUUUGGACAAAUUUUUGAUCCUACUACCAUAGAUCGAGUCGAUUUUGAAUCUGACUCGAUCAUUGGUUCAGCUGUUAAGUCGACAGCUGUACAAGAUACACAGCUGACUCGACCAAACGAGAGAAAGGAGCAUGAGAGUUAUGGUGAGGUGGCAAGCAUAGUGAAGAUGAAUGGGACCCACAUAAAGGGAAUUGUGAAUCCCACACAACUUUCACGGUGGAUUGGUAUGUAAGAUUUUGCAGGUGAAAGGUGACGUGGACUACCGCAGGUUAGUUUGGAGUUGACUAGGUUCUUUACGUGGUUGGCCAUAUGUAUGAAUGUUUUGUCGAUCAUCAUCAUCAUCACUAUCAACGAUGGAUUAUUGUAUGAUUAUUAUUGCUACAUUCCUUUUUUGGUAUUGGAAAUUCGAAAAUUAUCUAAUAUAUGGAUGGAUAUACAUAUGGUUAUCUAAAGUGCAUGGUGUACUCUUGGUGUUUUUAAUUAUGAUAAAUUUUGAAUACGAUUGCUGAAA